AUGGCAGUUCGCAGCGAAAGCGUUGGCGAAGACAGUAUUCUGAUGGAGGAGCUGGCUGUCCUUCAAGCAAUAUACAUUGAUGAACUGGUCAUAGAGCAAGAUGACAGGAACCAUCCUUCAACAAUAAUCCUUGAAUUGCAUCCAUCUACUGGUGAUGAUUUAACAAAACGUUUUGUCUGUAUGACAUUGGUUCUGAAACCGCCUCUAGCAUAUCCAGAUGAACUCCCUGAAAUCGGCAUCAAGAAUCCUCGUGGUGUGGGUGAUGAAGAAUUACAAAGUUUACAGGAAGCAAUGAAUGAGUUGGCUGAAAUGAAGCGAGGUGGUCCAAUGUUAUAUCAGCUGAUUGAGAUGGCAAAGGAGACGUUAACUGAAGGGAAUGUUCCCCGAUGUCCUUGUGUGAUCUGCCAGGAACAUUUUGAUGAAGGAGAUGUUUUCACCAGAACAGCUUGCUACCAUUACUUCCAUAAGAUGUGUUUUGGACGCUACAUCAAGCAUGCCUUGACACAGUCUGAGGAUUCGGAACAAGAUGAACAAGUGGUGUGUCCCGUGUGUCGAGAGAACCUGAGUUUUGACUUGGAAGAGCUGGAGGACAGCACUGCGAUGGAACUAGAUGACUUCAAGUUCGUGCCAUCACAGGAGAUCAGAGAUCUUCAGAAACAGAUGGCAGAACUCCUGAUAAAGCAGAAGUCUAACGGGGGAAUCAUUGAUCUUCAGGAGGAAAAAGACAAAUACCUUGUCAAUGCUGAUAUUGUCAUAAGUCUACCAUCAGAUGAGAAAACUGCAGCCAAGGAAAAAAGCCAUGCUGAAAACAAACCUAAGGACACACGACAUGAAAAAGGACAACACUAUGAUCGUUCACGAGUAGGACGUGACACUCCGAGAACUAACCCAGAAACCAAACAUGUGUCUCAUGUUGGAGACAAAGACUGGUACAGUCACAGGGAGAGGAAAGGCUGGGAGAGAAGGAACGAUUCUGGCAGAGUGAGAAAGUAUGACAAUACAAGAAAUGAUCCAGAAGAAAGAUUUGAUGGAAGCCGGCGAACUCAACAAAAUGGUGAUGAUUAUGGAAGAAGGGGAAAUCAACAAAGUAGUAGAAAUGUUUGCGAGCAUCACUGGAAUGAAAAUGCGAAAAGGAAUAGAACUAGUCACGAUAAAGGGAACUUUCAAAGAAGUGGAAGGAAAAACUUUGACAAUCAUAAAAAUAAUAUAGCAGGUGAUGAAGAGUUAUCGGAGAAGGUUACAACGAGAAGUAAGAAGGUGCUAACCGGUGUUGAUAGCGACUUAGCUCAGUCAGUAGAUGUAGACAAACAGGAAUCAGUGAAAACAGAAAAACAAGUUACGACCUCCGAUUGUGAUCGAAAUGGACCAUCACAAACUGAAAAUCAUGAUACACAUCAGCAUGAAAAUUCUAGGAACAGAUGCAGUCCAGAAACAAAAAGCAAGACCUUGGAAGGUAGUUCUCAAAGAUCUAAAGCUGAUACACAUCAAGAUAAAGAUGGCAAGCAUGAUAACACAUAUGAGAAGCAAAUGCAUAAAAGUGACAAGCCAGAUUCUACAUGUGACGGAAAAGGGCUGAAAGGAGAGACGCAGGAUUCUAGAUACAACAGACAGGAUUGUAAAGAUGACAGACAAAAAUCUAAAGGUGACAGAGAUCAUUCUAGAUAUGAUGGACAUGAAUCUAAUGCUGACAGAUGGAAUUCUAGAUAUAACAAACAUGAUUUUAACAAUCGUGAGUUUGAACAGGAUUCUAGACGUGACCGGCAAGGAUCUAAAGCUGAUGGACAUUAUCCAACAUCUGAUGCACAUAAAUCUAACCGUGACGAACAAGGAUUCAAAGGUAACAGACAGGGAUCUAAAGCGCAUGGACAUGACUCUACAUAUGAUGGACAGAGAUCUAAAUCUGACAGACACAGUUCUAAAUAUGAUGAACAAGACGGGCACAGUUCUAAAUAUGAUGAACAAGACAGACAGAGUUCUAAAUAUGAUGAACAAGGCAGACACAGUUCCAGAUAUGAUGAACAAGGCAGACAAGGGUCUAAAUUUGAUAGGCAUGAGACCAGAAAUAACAAUAAUUAUGAUUCUUAUGGUGGAAGACAACAUAGGUUUAGAAAUAAUAGGUAUUACGAAGAUUACGACAGAGAUGGUCAUCAUAAUGAUAAAUAUUCCAGACAGAGAGGUGACCAUAGAGACGAUGUUUAUAGCAAGCAUCAUGGUGUAAAGGUCAAUGGAAAGAGUAAAGAUAACAAAAAUGUCAGUACAAGCACUAAAGAUAUUCAGACGUCUAAGAAAGAUGCAUCUGCUUUACAAGAAAGUUGUCAAUCACAGAACAGUGAUGAAAACUCACAGUCGAAGCCAGAUCAGGAAAAAGUUUAUUUUGAAAAACAACUUGACUCUGAGAAAGUAAAAACUGAGAAAAAAUCUCUUGCUGAACCAUAUUCAGAAAGUGAAUUUAGCAGUAAACAAUCGGGAAGAGGGCGAGGAAGAGGCAGACGAAUAAACACAAGGAUGGGGCAGAUGUAUAGUGAUAGGGAUUCUGAGAGAAAAUUGCAGAAUACUCAAAGCAAAUCAGGUAUGAAUACUGAUGAAACUUCGAAGGAAGAAAAAACAAAUUCUGAUAACACCCAAUGGGAAGACACUGAUAUUAAUGAAAAUAUAUCUGAAAGACUAAGAAGAGAAAAUGCAAAAUUUGGACAACAGCAUUCUGAGGAUGAUAGUCAUUGGUAUGAAGAAAAUGAUAAGAAUUUUGGAACAAGAAGGCAAGAAAAUGUCAAAAUUGGUACAUCAGAUAAGAGUCAGUUAGGAGAAAGUAACAGGAAUAGAAGAGGAGGUCCAAGGACAGGCAGAGGUAGAGCUAGGCUGCCAAAUUCUGACAGAGGAUAUGACGGGGACAGAGGACAUGAUAGAGACAGAGAACAUGAUAGAGACAGAAGAUAUUACAGAAACAGAGGAUAUGAAAGAGACAGGGGAUAUGAUAGAGACAGAGAAACAAGAGGCAGUGCAAGACAUAGGCCUGAAUCAGGAAGGAUACGGAAAUCGGGCUAUCAUGAGGAAAAGUCUAUAAAAAGUUUUUCAAAACGAAAUGGUGAACCAGAAAGAGAAGAAGGAAUUAGAGAAGUUCAGGUUAGUGAGGACAAAGAUGUUUUGAAAACUUGUGGAAAAGAAAAGGAGGAACCAAAGUCUAACCACCAGAAUUCUACAAAUUCAGCAUCUUGUGAUUUAGUCUGUGAUAAACCAGUGAGAGAGAAUAGUUCUGCUGGUAGUGGUCGUGGUCUGGAUCAAUCAUCAACUGUACCUCCUGGUUUUCAUCUUACAGGUCCACCACCGGGAUUUGACAAUCAAAAGACAUGCAGAUUAAGUGUUAACAAGGACGAAACUGUUCCCGUUGAGAGGGUUGAUUCCUCACCAUUAGUGCCACCACCUCCAGGUUUUGAUGUCCGGUAAUUCUGGAUGAUGAUAUGCAGGCAACGAUGUUCGAAGUCUUUCAAAUGAAAAUUUGCCAAAGAAUCUUUACUACUGCAGAGAUAUUAGUUUGGUUUUUGAAUCUGUUGAUUUAAAAUGAAAAAAAAGCAUAUAUAUGUAUUUAUAUGCAUAAAUUAUUUAUUUUAAGACUUAUUUUAAUCUCAUACGGGUGCAAAUUGAUGACUGUUUUCUUUGGACAGUGAUGCAUACAUGUACUUGCACAAAAGCUUCAUGUGUAAAUAUUGUUUUUGUUUACCCAAGUCAGUCAGGCAUUGUCCCAUGGUGGUUGUUUUUUUUGGGUUUUUUUGUUUUGUUUGGGUGGUGGGGGUUGGGUUUGUUUUUUAGUUUUUUGUUAAUAUACACAUAUUAUAAAUUAACAGGGACUUUCAGUCUUAAAUCUAUUUUAUUCCUUUUCUCAGCUUUAAAAUAAAAAUCAAUUUUCUAAACUCAAAGCUGUGAUAAUUGGGAGUAGAUUCAGAGAGAUUCAGAUGCUGUAAAGAUGGGUAUUUUUCAUUGAUAACCGAAGUUUGUCAAAAAAUUAAGUAAAAUGAAUUGUAUGUAUUAAGUUAUUAAUAUUUGUUAACCAGGUAUUUUUGUGUUUUUAGUAACUUAUUGUUACAUGUAGUACGCUAUUAAUAGAUGUCCAUUUAUAUCUUACUUUAAUUUAUAGAAAUAAUUUCAUUGAAAAUAUGUUCAUAAAGUUGCAAGUGGCAUAUUUUGCUAUUUUAUAUUUACAGAUUGACUGAUACCACAUAUCCAAAUUCAGACUAACAUCAUGCUUCAUUCUGAUUUACCGGCCUCAGUGGCGUCGUGGUUAGGCCAUCAGUCUACAGGCUGGUAGGUACUGGGUUCGGAUCCCAGUAGAGGCAUGGGAUUUUUAAUCCAGAUACCGACUCCAAACCCUGAGUGAGUGC